GAUCCCCAAUUCCCCAAUCCGUCAUUUCCAUUCCACGACCCGAACCCUAGCACACAACCUCUGUGUGCGUGCGUCGCCAUGGCGGCCGCCGCCGCGAGGUUCCCGCUCAAGUCGAGCUCCGCCCACAACUCCGCCGCGGGCGGUGGUGGUGGCGGCGGCGCCGGCGGCAAGACCAUCGAGGAGAUGUACCAGAAGAAGACGCAGCUGGAGCACAUCCUCCUGCGGCCGGACACCUACAUCGGCUCGGUGGAGAAGCACACCGCGCAGCUCUGGGUGUACGAGGACGGCGCCGUGGUGAACCGCAACGUGACCUACGUCCCCGGCCUCUACAAGAUCUUCGACGAGAUACUCGUGAACGCGGCCGACAACAAGCAGCGCGACCCCACCAUGGACGCCCUCCGCGUCGAGAUCGACGUCGACGAGUGCCGCAUCUCCGUCUACAACAAUGGCGACGGCAUCCCCGUCGAGAUCCACCAGGAGGAGGGCGUUUACGUGCCGGAGAUGAUAUUCGGCCACCUCCUCACCAGUAGCAACUACGACGACAACGUGAAGAAGACCACCGGCGGCAGGAAUGGUUACGGCGCCAAGCUCACCAACAUCUUCUCGACGGAGUUCGUCAUCGAGACCGCCGAUGGGCGUCGGCAGAAGAAGUACAAGCAGGUUUUCUCUGAAAACAUGGGAAAGAAGUCUGAACCCCAGAUUACUAAGUGCAAACAAGGAGAGAACUGGACCAGAGUCAGCUUCAAGCCUGACCUUGCCAAAUUCAACAUGACGGAGCUUGAAAAUGAUGUUGUAGCCCUCAUGAGGAAGAGAGUGGUUGAUAUGGCAGGCACUCUUGGCAAAACCGUGAAGGUUGAGUUGGAUCACAAAAAGGUGCCUGUACAUAGCUUCAAGGAUUAUGUGGAACUGUAUAUCAAGUCCGCUUCCAAGGACAGAGCCGAUGAGCUCAAGAGUAUCUACGAGAAAGUAAAUGAUCGGUGGGAGGUGUGUGUGUGUGUUAGUGAAGGGCAGUUUCAGCAGGUCAGCUUUGUAAAUAGAAUUGCGACCAUAAAGGGUGGUACUCAUGUCGACUGUGUCACUAACCAAAUCGCCACCCGUGUGAUGGAGAUUGUGAAUAAGAAGAACAAGAAUGCCCACAUGAAAGCACAUAACGUCAAGAGCCAUUUGUGGGUCUUUGUUAAUGCACUCAUUGACAACCCAGCUUUUGAUUCACAGACCAAAGAGACCUUGACCACUCGUCAGGGAAGCUUUGGAUCAGAGUGUAAACUUUCUGAAGAUUUCCUCAAGAAGGUUGGUAGCUCGGCUAUUGUCACCAAUCUCCUUUCUUGGGCUGAUUUCAAACUAAGCAAGGAACUACAGAAGACUGAUGGAAGCAAGCGAUCAAGACUCACCGGCAUUCCCAAGCUGGAGGAUGCAAACGGUGCUGGUGGGAAGGAUUCUCAGAUGUGCACUUUAAUCCUAACUGAAGGAGAUUCAGCAAAAGCUCUAGCUAUGGCUGGCAUUGCUGUAGUAGGAAGAGAUCGCUAUGGCGUGUUUCCUCUUAGGGGAAAGCUAUUAAAUGUGAGAGAAGCAAGCCAUAAGCAGAUCAUGGAGAAUGCAGAGAUCCAGAAUAUAAAGCAAAUCCUUGGUUUGCAACACGGGAAGCAGUAUGAUAGUACAAAAGGCUUGAGAUAUGGCCAUCUGAUGAUAAUGACAGAUCAGGACCAUGAUGGUUCCCACAUCAAAGGGCUGUUGAUCAAUUUCAUUCACUCAUUCUGGCCUUCUCUUAUUAAAAUUCCAUCUUUCUUGGUUGAGUUUAUUACUCCUAUUAUCAAGGCCACCAACAAAAGAGACAAAAAAAAUGUCCUGCCAUUUUACUCCAUGCCUGAGUACGAACAAUGGAAGGAGAGCCUUGGAGGAAAUGCACGUGGUUGGUCUAUAAAAUACUACAAGGGACUUGGAACAAGCACUUCCACAGAGGGUAGGCAGUACUUCCAGGAUAUUGCCAAACAUAAGAAGGAUUUUGUCUGGGCGAAUGACCAAGAUGAUGACAAUAUUGAAUUAGCAUUCAGCAAGAAAAGAAUUACUGAUAGGAAAGAUUGGCUUAGCAACUUUCAGCCUGGAACCUACCUUGAUCAACAUGAUAAAUACAUCAAGUACAGUGACUUCAUCAACAAGGAGCUGAUACAAUUCUCGAUGGCAGAUCUGCUACGCUCAAUACCUUCCAUGGUGGAUGGCCUUAAACCAGGCCAGAGGAAGAUAUUGUUUUGCUCGUUCAAGAGAAACUUAGUCAAGGAAACUAAGGUGGCACAGUUUUCUGGUUAUGUAUCAGAGCACUCAGCGUACCACCAUGGCGAACAGAGUUUAGCUAGUACGAUUACUGGAAUGGCUCAAGAUUUUGUUGGCAGCAAUAACAUAAACCUUUUGCUGCCCCUUGGUCAAUUUGGCACCAGAGAUCAGGGAGGCAAAGAUGCUGCUAGUGCUAGGUACAUCUACACCCAGUUGGCACCUAUCACUCGUUCAAUUUUCCCUAAGGAUGACGAUAUUCUUCUUAACUACUUGGAUGAAGAUGGACAAUCAAUUGAACCCACCUGGUAUGUUCCAAUCCUUCCCAUGGUUUUGGUCAAUGGAAGUGAAGGCAUUGGCACUGGAUGGAGUACCUUUAUCCCAAACUAUAACCCAAGAGAUAUUGUUGCUAAUCUGAGAAGGUUGCUAAACAACGAGCCUGUUGAACCAAUGGACCCAUGGUAUAGGGGGUUCAAGGGCUCUAUUCAGAAAACAAGUACAAAAGCGGGUGGUGUCAGCUAUACUGUCACUGGUAUUAUCGAGGUUCUUGAUGACACUACACUGAGAAUUACUGAGCUGCCAAUCCGUCGCUGGUCUCAGGACUACAAAGAGUUCCUAAUAUCUAUUGGUGGAAUGGACAAGAGCAAGGACAAGGACAAGGGUAAGGGUAAGGGCAAGGAGAAGGAAAAGGACAAGGACAAGGAUAUAGAGCCUUUUAUCGAGGUUUUUGAUACUCAUAGUGAUGAUAAGAAUGUGGAAUUUCUGAUCACCCUGAGCAAAGAAAAUAUGGCUAUAGCUAAGCAAGAAGGGCUGGAGAAGAAGUUCAAGCUGACAACUACAAUUGGUACAACAAAUAUGCACUUAUUUGACUCAAAUGGCAAAAUUCGGAAGUAUGAUACUCCAGAGGACAUACUUCAAGAGUUUUUUGGAUUGAGGCUUGAGUUCUAUGAGAAAAGAAAGAGAGUGUUAUUGGAAAAUAUUGAACUGGAGUUGAAGAAGCUUAGUAACAAAGUUAGAUUUAUUCUUGCUGUUGUCGAAGGCGAUAUCAUAGUCAAUAACAGGAAGAGGGCAGAUCUGUUUGUAGAACUUCGGCAGAAGGGAUUUGAUCCCUUCCCGAAGAAAAUACAGAGCACUGAGCCAGCUGCAGUUGGAGCUUCUGAAGAGGAUGAAGAAAAUGAAGAGAGCCCUGAGACUGUGAAAGGAGUUAGUUCAAGUGAUUACGAAUAUCUCCUCUCAAUGUCAAUCGGUACCUUGACCCUGGAGAAGGUUCAGGAGCUCAUUGCAGAGAAGGGCAGAUUGGAGAAUGGAGUAGCUGAACUGAAGGGAACAACGCCAAAGUUGCUUUGGAUGAGAGACCUUGAUGAAUUUGAGAAGCAACUGGAUGUGCUUGAUGAGGAGGACAGAAUAAAUGCAGAGGAGAGAAGAUCUACCAGGAAUGUUGGACAUGGUGUUGCACCUAAAGCAGCGGCCAGGAGACGACCUAAAAAGACAGCGACUAAUUCUGAAGCAGCGGAAAUUACUGAUGGGAAUGUUGCUGCUGCUGCUGCAGUGGUUCGAAAACCCACGGCUGUAACAGCAAUCCCGAAGCCUGCCGCACAGAAGAAGCAACCAGUUAAGAAGGCAAGCAUAAUUUCGAGUGAUGACGAGGAGGACGAAGUUCUUGCUCUAAAAGACCGAUUGGCUGCUUAUAAACUUGAUGACAAUUCAGAAGAUACUGCUAUGGAAACCGAGACUGCAGAAGAACAGACCAAAACUAAGAAAGGCAAGAAGGAACCAAGCAAAAGAGGAGCAGCAAAGAAGGCCUUGUCAUCCUUAGCUGAGCUAUCUGAUGACGACGAAGACGCAACAGAGCCCAUCGAUAAGGAGGAUGAGGAAGAUUUCGCCAUGGAAGUACAGGUGAAGAAAGGUAGGGGAAGAAAGCCAGCCGCGGAGAAGCCGAAGGCUGCUACCAGGAAGAGGGCGCCUGCUCAGGGGAAGUCCAUGAGGCAGAAAGUGAUGGAAGAAAUCUUCAAGCCUACAGAGGACAGCAGCACCAGUGCUCCAUCUCCUGAGAAGAAGGUGCGCAAGAUGAGGGUCUCUCCCUUCCACAAGAAGAGUGGCUCCGUCUUGCAGAGGGGCUCGACCGCUUCGGCGAGCACUGAAGAAACCGAAUCUUCCCCUGCCUCCGGCAGCUCUGCGGAGCCAGUUGCAGCGAGGCCGACAAGGCAAACGAGGGGGAACAAGAAGAGUUACCAGGAGGUGCAGGAGCUGAGUGAUGACACUGAGGAUGAGGUGCAGGAUAUCAGCGAUGAUUCUGACUUCGCCGGCUCUGAUUUCGCUGAGGACGACGACUGAAUGCCCUGAAUUUAACUACUGGAACAAUGUAGGAUCGCUCCGUAGUGAGCAAUAUGACUGUGCUUACGUUUCUGAUACAUUGGUGCUUGCUGAGAUGCAUCCCUUGUGCGUCGUGUGCUGUAUUCAGUUCAUUAGUUGCUG